UUUCUGUGGAUAAAAUUGAGUUCUAGAUUAGAAAGACACCAUGGCUCCACAUUUAUAGAUAAUGAGACAUAAUGACAGUAGUACUCGGAAGUUUGGAAGGGUAGUUUACCCUUCUAAGUAAUGAAUGCUCCCUAUUAUUACUUCACCUACAACAAAGAGCAGUCAACUAUAGAGGGUGCCAUGGAGCUGGACGCCGCACUGCACGAACUGGGCAUGCUCAGUACCAUCACCGACAGUCGCCUGGACUACCUGCGGAACAAAGUGAAGAAGAGGAAUCGUUCCAGCAAGUCCCUGUGCGUGGUUCAGAUGAACUCGGACUUCGUCACGGAGUUUUCCCUCUCGAAAUCGUCUGCCGUUCCGAACGGCGAGAGCGAAUCCGAAGAGGAGAAUAACGGAACUUCCACGCCGGAAGACAUCCGGAUACAGUGCCCCGUUUUAGAGAUGUUGCCGCCCACUUGGAAGCUCGAUUUUAACACCAGGAGAAAGAUCAAGAGGGCCAUGACUCGGCACUACAAGUUCAAGCCGUACGAUUUCCCGUGGAGGUCCAAGCUGGAAGACUCCUUGCGGAACAUUCCUGCCGCCACGGCAGCUUCCGAAGGGGCCAGCCCCCCCACGGUGUCCCGCCAGGAUAGUGGCAACAAGUCCAAUCCCAGCAGCCCAGUCAAAAGCCAAAAAUCUCUCACCAACUUAGGAUGCUCAAUCUUCCGCUCUCGUUCCCUGGACGAUUUGGAUAUAAGCAAACUGGAUUUGAAAGACGACUGCUGCCUGGAGGCCAGCAGGGUCGAAAUAGACACGGUUUCGCAACGCAUCGGUAAACUCCAUGUCAGUUGAAGGAGUCUCGAUUAGUUACGUUAUAUUUCCCAUUCUUUGUAUGGAAACAGAAGUUAGAUUCUUUUUGUUGCGUGUUAAUUAAUCUUUUUGCCACUGCUGAGUGCUUAUUUGGGUGUUGAAAAUGCAGCUUUUUAAAAUGAAAUAAAUAGUGCCAAGUUUUUAUGCUCAAUUUAAUGCUAGUAUGUUCAAAGUGAAAAUGACUUUUAUUAAUAGUUAUCAUUAUAUAUUGUUAGCUGCGUCAUAGCCUGGGAGAUCUUAGGAGUAUUUUUGUGAAUAAUCCUUUUUUUACUGCACUGUUCUAGUAAUCUGAUUUAUUUCUUUCCUUAAUUUAAUCCAUAUUAUUCUAUUUAAAAACACUGCAUUCAAUUCUGCUUUAUAGAUAACAUCUCAAAGAAAGGUGUAGCUGUUGAUUUUGCCAUGGAAGAAGAGCACUAUUUCUUCAUUUUUUAAAAAAGAUUUGGAAAGUUUCCAUGAAUAGUGAAAACUUGGUGGGAAGCAAAAUAUCUUAUGAAUUAUUAAAAGUGUUUACCAAGAAAGUAAUCUUAAAUUCAUGUGAGUUAUUUUUCAUAUUUGAAACACAUAUUCCAGAAUAGAGCUAAAUCUGAAACAUGCGAAAACUGACUGAGGAUGUUAAAAAAAAAUAUGUAAAAUGAAUAAAAUAAAAAAACUCUAUAACCUGUAUGUAAAACAAUAACUUUUGCCGACAUCCAUAAACCGGUUUUAAAACGGCUAAGAAGGACCUUGAGUAUUUUUUCUUUUCAAAUAGAAGAAUAUUGUAUCUAUGCAGUGCCGGAUCUUUGAUUUUCCCUGGCCGGAGCAAAAGUAAAAACUUGAAACUGCCAACCUUACUAUCUUCCUUCCUGUUUUUUUAAUAGCAAGUUUCAGCAAAAAAAAAAAAAAAACCUCCCAUAAACAGGGUGCAUUUGCCACUUGAUCUAAGGGCUUCUUCAACUUGCUCCACCUAGAUCUGGCACUGUAGCUAUGCGAACAUAAAACUUUUUAGUUGAAAUGCACAAAUGUUUUUCACAUUAGAAAUUAAAAUUAUAUUUUCGUAUUAAUUUUGGUCUCGCAUUAAUCUAAGGUACUUAAAUUUGUUUUAAAAGUCCUGAAUCUGAUUUUUUCUUGUGGAAAACAAUGAGGCUUUGAAUUAAACAUUAAAUCAUAUCUAAUUUUUGUGGUGAUAAAAGAAUAUUUCUAAUUGCAAAUAUGUGCUUUCUUCAUCACUUGUAUAUGAAAUUGUUAGAUUAGUGACAAAAGGUCAGUUUAAUGUGAUGGAAGUAAGAUUAAUACAAUAAAAUUAUCUUAAGGCUUAUACAAUUUUCUCUGUUGAUAAACCCUUGUAAUCAUAUAUCUGGUAUUAGUCAUUUCUUGGCAAGUUUAACCUCAAAUGCGAGUAUAUAAUAUAAUAGUUUUAAGAAACGUGUAGAAAUUUUACUUUUUGUGUUUGCAUAUUUGCUAUUACAAAACCCCUCCUUUGUUGUAUACAUAACCAGUGUAUGUAUGUAUUAGUAUUGUUCUAUAAGUAACCAUUCAUUUUUCCAAAAACACACCAUUUUCAGAAUCAUUUUAAAAAUAUAUAUGUGUGUUACCAUUAACUGUAACUUUUUAGAUGGGUUAAACAGUUAUUAAAAUACAGAUGCAAAACAAUCUUUUGAAAUCCUUGUGCAUCUUAUCUGUCCCCUUGCUAUUAUCAAAGAAAAAAAAAUGUAGUCUUACAUAAUCGGUAUGUCUAAUUUAUGUAAAUUUGACAUAAUUUAAAUUUUUUUUCCUCUUGAAGAAUUUUGGCAUACAAAUAGCAAAGAAUGCUAUAAUACUGUACUUAUUGCUGAGAAAGACAAUUGGAAAAUAAUAUAGUGUGCAACUUUUAAGAAGUAAUUUAUCAAAAUUACAACAAUUUCAUUAGAUUAUGUUACAAAAUGGUCAGAGGUGAAACUUUCCUGGGUCUACCCCAGAAUUCUGUAUUUAUGUACUUGAUGAAUCCUGGAAUUCCGGUAUGAAAAACUUCUAAACUCUUGUUCAUGGGUUUAAUGACGGCAGUAUUGUAUUGAAGAUGCAGUUUAACUUUUUAAAUAAUGCAGCCUAAGAUGCAUUGCAAGAAUUUGUUCUCAUAUUGUAGUUAUGCAAAUAAGUGCCUGGAAUUUUUUCCCCCAAUAAAGUU